GAUGUGUCAUAACAACUGAUAUUAUACAUCAAUAGGUGCUAUAAUUAGUGAAUUUAGUCAACACUUUAUUUGUCAAUAUUUCAAAGUAAUAACUAAAACAACGAUUAUUGUUGUGAUUAACGACAACAAUGAGUGACCAGAUUUUUGGCGGAAGAGAGAUAUCUCAUAUAUCAUUGAGUUGUGAAAGAUAUUUUGACAUUGGGUUUGGCAUCACUGACAUUGGUAUUCAAUUGACACGAUUGAGACCCUCACGAGUGUUUGCAAGUAUUGUCUUGUAUUUCGAUGCCAUUCGUGAGUUAUAUUAUUAUCGAGUGACCAGAAGUAGUGGUCAGACAUAUGAUGUCAUACUAAUUCAUUUAACCGAUGAUAACAUCUAUAAACGUCUUUACAAUAUACUGGACAUUCCUCAAGAAAAUUUCGAUGCGGAAGAUGUCGUUCACCGAUAUUUUCGGAUCUAUUUGAGUCAACAAAUUGAUGUCCAAUUCAUCAAUCAAAUCAAUCAAUGGUUAAUAUUAUGUGGACGUCCUUUCAGAUUCAUUGAAUUACCGCAACAUUUGGUCGACCAGUUGUUUGAUCCGUCGAGACUGUGAUAAUAUAUUGUUCACCAACUGAUCCAUACUUUUGUUAUUUUAAUUGAUCCGUAAAUUCAAUUAAU